UCUUCGAUGGGAUCGAGCAGCAGAAUAUCCGGCUAGUUCUAUCGCCACAUUGUGAUUCUCACUUAUCAAAAACCAUUUAACCAGUCGAUCGAGCUCCCCAAAAACUCUGUUUCAGACCAUCCAUGGAGAUCGAAGAAGACGAAUCCACUCUCGCCAAGCUAGAGUCGGCGUGUUCCGAGCUCAAGAACCAGCUCCAAGCCUCCGCAGCACUGGAGGCGAAUCUCGAGAAUAUGGACGACAAAUUCGACGCCUUUCAGAAAACCCUAGCCACGGCUUCAAGAAGGAUCGCCCCUCUGCAUUCGUUGUCCAUAGCCACCAAAGCUCUCGACUCCAGAAUCAACCGUGCCGUCUCGCCGGCGCUGGCGCUCAUCGAGAGCUUCAAGGUCUCGGAGUCUCUCCAGAGCAAGCUGCUCGCUCUCUCGUCCAAGCUAUCCAGGGAGAAGUCGCCGAAAUCGCGGCUGAAGCGGCUGGAGAAAUACGUGGAUUGCGUGAACAAGCUGAAUUCGGCGAUUAAUUCGAUCAGUCAAGAGUGCGAGCCGGCAAUCCAGAAGCUUCAGGAGGUUGUGGAGUUUCUGAGCCGGACUAAGGCGACCGAUCAGUACAGGAUUCAUCGGCUGAGAGAGACGUUGAUCACGCUCAAGGCUUUGUGUGAAACGGAGGUCGAUGCGAUAAGGUUUGACGGAUUGCUGGACGAGGCUUUGCUCAAUCUGCAGGAUGAGUUUGAGGCCAUUUUGCAGCAGAUGAGGCACCGGAACAUCGGCGAGGCGCUAGGAGAUGACGGCGAUCAGGCUGAGGAGACGUCGAUCGUGGCUGCCGGUUUGGGUUCUAAGCUUGAAGUUGAAGUUCUCAGGCAGAUUUCGGAGACCCUUGCUGCCAACGAUUGCUUGGAUAUCUGUGUCGACAUCUUUGUCAAGGUGAGAUAUAGAAGAGCAGCAAAAGCGCUGAUGAGGCUGAACCCAGACUACCUGAGAACAUACACUGCCGAAGAGGUCGAUGAGAUGGAAUGGGAGAGCUUGGAGACAUCCAUUACUCUCUGGAUCCAACACUUCGAACUCGCAGUCAAAACCGUUCUUCUAUCGGAGAAGAAUCUCUGCAGUCAAGUCCUGGGGAACAUCAUGGACGGCCUGAUAUGGCUGGAAUGCUUCGUCAAGAUCGCCGACAAGAUCAUGGCCGUCUUCUUCCGGUUUGGCGAAGGGGUCUCCAGGAGCAGCAAAGAGCCCCAGAAGCUGUUCAAACUGCUCGACAUGUUCGAAGCCUUGGAGAAGCUCAAAACCACAUUCUCCGACGUGUUCGAAGGCGACGCCGGCGCCGAUAUCUGCCUCCGGUUCCGGGAGCUUGAGAAGCUCCUCGUCCACUCCGCCAGCAAGGUGUUCUGGGAAUUGGGCCUGCAAAUCGAAGGCAACCAAGACGGCUUCCCGCCGCCGCCCGACGGCUCGAUCCCGAAGAUCGUCCGGUACGCGACCAACUAUCUCAAGUACCUCGCCACCGAUGCAUACAGCGCCUCAAUGGCGAAAGUGCUUCGAACUGAGCAAAUAUGGAAAGCCGGGAUUUUCUCGAAGCUGGAAACCGAGGAGAACUUGCUCAAAGACGCUAUUAUCAACGUGAUGGAAGCUCUUCAGAGGAACGUGGAAACAAAGAGAUCGAGAUACAAGGACAAAGUCCUCCCCCAUGUUUUCACUAUGAACACCUUCUGGUACAUUUACAUGAGAACCAAAAACUCUGAACUUGCGAAGCUGGUCGGUGACCAGUACAUGAAGAAGAAGUACAAGGUUGUCGCCGAAGAAGCGGCGUACUUAUACCAGAAGCAAGCUUGGGGCGCUCUGGUGAGAUUUCUGGACAAGGAAGAGAUGAAGAAAGUGACCAAGGAAGGCGUGGAAGCCAUGGCGAGAGGGAAAAUGCAAGCCUUCACAAACGGCUUCAAUGAGAUACUACAUCGCCAUAGAAGCUCUUACAGGGUGCCUGAUCCGGACUUGAGAGAGCAAAUCAGGGAGGCCACUGUGACGCUCAUUGUGCCGGCUUAUACCGAGUUUUUGAACACUUAUGCCUCUGUUUUGGGGGUGAAGUCCUGUUUAUCGCCGGCGGCAAUCGAGGAGUUGUUGGCUCAGAUGUUCGGCUGCGGUGAAAGGGAAAGAGAUGGGAAGAGCGCUCAUCACCGUCGAGAUUCCAGGGAUGGGACGGACGAGACGCAGCCGGAAUCUGUUGAUCGGAAACGUGAGGCCGGAGAGUUCCGGCGGUCCAAAUCGAACGCCAGUGAAGUAUGAAAUCAGACGAAGACUCCCUGGUUAUGUUGCCAUGUUAGGAGGGAGAAAAUAUCUGCAUGUACUAUAUUACAUCUUUAUUAAAGUGGUAUAAUCCGUUAAUGAUAUAAUAAUAUAUUUAUUUUUUCAGUUA